AGAGAGGAAGAGAGAGCGUGCGAGAGAGAGACUGAGGGAGAGACGCCAUGAGCGUAGGCAUGGAAAUUAGGGUUUUUCUUCUUCUUCUUCUAUUUUUGGUUUCAUCCGUGGAGCAUGGCUUUUCGCUUUACGAAGAUCAAGUCGGCCUCAUGGACUGGCACCAGCGGUAUAUAGGGAAAGUAAAGCACGCAGUUUUCCACACUCAAAAGACCGGGAGAAAACGUGUUGUGGUGUCUACUGAAGAAAAUGUUGUUGCCUCGCUUGAUCUCCGGCACGGAGAGAUUUUUUGGAGACAUGUUCUUGGGACCAAUGAUGCGGUGGAUGCCCUUGACAUUGCACUGGGAAAAUAUGUUAUUACCCUUUCCUCCGAGGGAAGUAUUUUAAGAGCAUGGAACCUUCCUGAUGGGCAGAUGGUGUGGGAAUCCUUUCUUCAGGGCUCAAAUCCCUCGAAAUCAUUAUUGUCUGUGCCGAUAAAUUUGAAAGUCGACAAGGACAAUGUGAUUCUUGUUUUCAGUAAAGGGUUUCUGCAUGCUGUUUCUAGCAUUGAUGGAGAGGUUCUAUGGGACAAGGAUUUUUCAGCUGAAAGCAUAGAGGUUCAACAGAUUAUUCAGCCUCCUGAAAGCUACGUAAUCUAUGCUGUAGGUUUCGUUGGUUCCUCCCAGUUUGAUGUUUUUCAGAUUAAUGCCAAAAGUGGAGAGUUGCUGAAGCACAAGAGUGCAGCCUUUCCCGAUGGCUUUUAUGGGGAAGUAUUAUUAGUUUCAAGUGACAUGCUUGUGUCGUUGGAUGCCACUAGGUCAAACUUAGUAACAAUUAGCUUUCGGAAAGAAGAAAUCAGCUUUAGGAAGACACAUAUUUCAUAUCUUGUUGGGGAGUCUUUUGGGAUCCCUGUCAUAUUACCUUCAAAGCUCUCAGGAAUACUUGCUGUAAAAUUCAAUACACAUUUAGUAUUCAUAAGAGUGAAAGGUGAAGGAAAAUUGGAGGUUGUGGACAAAAUUGCCAAUGCAGCAGCUGUUAGUGACGCUCUAUCAUUUUCAGAAGGUCAACAAGCUUUUGCACUAGUUGAACAUGUAGAUGGUAAGAUUCUCCUCACAGUGAAGCUUAGUCAUGAUUGGAACAGUGAUUUUCUCAAGGAGCGCAUAGCAAUGGACCAUCAAUGGGGGCUAGUGCAAAAGGUUUUCAUAAACACGUAUAUCCGCACGGACAGGUCUCAUGGGUUUAGAGCCUUGAUUGUGAUGGAAGAUCAUUCACUGUUGUUACUGCAACAAGGUGAGAUUGUCUGGUCAAGGGAGGAAGGCCUAGCCUCAAUUAUAGAUGUAACAACAUCAGAACUACCCGUGGAAAAGAAAGGUGUAUCAGUUGCAAAAGUGGAGCAGAACCUCUUUGAGUGGCUGAAGGGGCACGUCCUGAAGCUUAAGGGGACUUUAAUGCUUGCAAGCCCUGAGGAUAUAGCAGUUAUACAAGAUAUGAGAUUAAAAAGUUUUGAGAAGAGCAAAAUGACCCGAGACCACAAUGGUUUUCGGAAACUGUUAAUUGUCCUUACUAGAGCUGGUAAACUUUAUGCCUUGCACACUGGAGAUGGCCGGGUCAUCUGGUCUCUCUUGCUUCCCUCUCUACGUAAAUCAGGAUCAUGCAAGCAUCCAACUGGCCUUAGUGUUUAUCAGUGGCAGGUGCCUCAUCACCAUGCUAUGGAUGAGAAUCCAUCUGUCCUUGUUGCUGGUCGGUGUGGACCACAUUGGGAUGCACCGAGCGUUCUUUCUUUUGUUGAUACUUACACUGGAAAGGAGCUUAACGCAUUGGGUCUCACUCACUCUGUUGCACAAGUUUUUCCACUGCCAUUUACUGAUUCAACUGAACAGCGUCUCCAUCUUCUGAUAGAUGCUGACCGGUGUGCACAUUUAUACCCAAGAACUUCCGAGGCUAUUGGUAUUUUCCAACGUGAGUUUUCAAACAUUUACUGGUACUCAGUUGAGGCUGAUAAUGGCAUUAUAAGAGGGCAUGCCUUGAGGAGCAAUUGCAUUGGCAUAGUGGAUGAAUACUGCUUCAACUCCUGGGACUUAUGGUCAAUUGUAUUUCCAUCUGAGUCAGAAAAGAUCAUUGCAACUGCUACGAGAAAAUUGAAUGAGGUGGUUCAUACUCAAGCAAAGGUUAUUGCUGACCAGGAUGUGAUGUAUAAGUAUAUAUCCAAAAAUUUACUUUUUGUGGCAACUAUUGCACCAAAAUCCAGUGGUGAAUUUGGAAAGGCCACCCCGGAGGAGUCAUGGUUGGUUGUAUACCUGAUCGAUACUGUAACUGGUCGUAUAUUGCAUCGGAUGACUCAUCAUGGUUCACAGGGUCCUGUUCAUGCAGUUCUUAGUGAGAACUGGGUUGUCUACCACUACUUCAAUCUUAGAGCACACAGAUAUGAGAUGUCAGUCAUUGAGAUCUAUGAUCUGUCUCGGGCGGAAAACAAGGAUGUCUGGAAGCUUCUUUUUGGAAAGCAUAAUCUUACUUCACCAAUUUCUUUGUAUUCUCGACCAGAGGUGAUGACAAAAUCACAGUCUUAUUUUUUCACCCAAUCUGUGAAAGCACUUGCAGUGACAUCAACGGCAAAGGGUAUAACUUCAAAGCAACUUCUUAUUGGUACAAUUGGUGAUCAGGUUUUGGCUCUUGAUAAGCGUUAUUUAGAUCCUCGUCGAUCUGUCAACCCUACACAAGCUGAGAAAGAAGAAGGCAUUAUACCUCUAUCAGAUUCCUUGCCCAUCAUUCCUCAGUCCUAUGUGACGCAUGCUCUUAAAGUGGAAGGUCUGCGAGGCAUUGUUACCAUACCUACCAAGUUGGAGUCCACUACUCUUGCCUUUGCACAUGGAGUGGAUCUCUUUCUGACUAGAAUUGCACCCUCAAGGACGUACGAUUCACUCACUGAAGAUUUCAGCUAUGCAUUGCUUCUCUUAACAAUUGUUGCCCUCAUCGCGGCAAUCUUUGUGACAUGGGUUUUGUCGGAGAAGAAAGAACUACAAGAGAAAUGGAGGUGAUUUGGCCUCUAGUCUGGCCUUUUUCCCAGCUUUUUUUUCGGUUAAGCUACUUUUAGUUUUACAUUAGGUCAGGAGGUCACCUCCUCCUCGAAAGGCAUUUUUGGUUGCAGGAUUCCACCAUAUGAUCUUUUUCCUUCUUUUUGGAUGGAUCGUCCAAAUUUAGUGCCCUUCCUUGUUGUAAAUCUAGUAAUGCAAGAGAAUAAUUACGUUGUUUUUGUGGCAA